CUCCAUAGUGUAGCCACCCCAGAGCCUGGGACCAGUGCCUCUGACCUCCUGAGCCCUCCAGUCCUUUACACAUUGGCACUCUGGCUUCUAGUUUAACCCCAUCAGGGACAACAUGGCAGGGAAGCCAGAAUCGCAGGCUUAGCAAAGGAAUUUCUUAGCGUCACUUUAUUCUUAAGAAAACUGUAAAGUUACAGAUCUUUGCAAAGUAACAGAUGUCUUGAGAUGCACACUCUUCUAGUCACGCUGUAAGUGAGGUCUUAUCUGUGUUUUAGGCUAGUCAAAGUCCCUCUUGCCUUCUCUCUAGCUGGUUGUUCUUGUAUGUAGCGAUGAAUGGUCCCCUUCUCAAAGAAGCAAACUCCCCUUUGUUUUUGUCAUGUAUCCAGGCUGAAAAGUUGCAGAUCUACUAACUAUGCUGAUGGUUCUGGGUAGAAAAUCCAUGAGAGUAAUCAACAGAUGAGAACAGUUAAAGAAUACGGAAGCUUGCUGUUUUUAGACUUGUUGUGCUGUGCAAGCUCCAAGGGACCAUAGAAAAAUGGACAUGUUCCAGAUACUGCGUAAAACAUCAGAGCAUUUAGAAUGUGAUCACUGCAGUUUCAGAGGGACAGAUUAUGAAAACAUACAAAUUCAUAUGGGUACCAUCCACCCAGAGUAUUGUGAUGAAAUGGAUGCUGCUGGUUUAGGUAAACUUAUAUUUUAUCAGAAAAGUGCAAAACUGUUCCAUUGUCACAAAUGUUUCUUUACCAGCAAGAUGUAUUGCAACGUUUAUUAUCACAUCACAUCACAACAUGCAGUACCUGAAAAGUGGAAUGAAGACCAGAAAAAUCAUUUAGAAGCUGAGACUGAAUCCCUGAAAACAACACUCAUUCAGGAGUCACACAAACCUGCCCUUUCCCCUGAACCCCCAAAACCUGCCCUUUCCCCUGAACCCCCAAAACCUGACUCAGUUAUUUCCCCCAAGCUUCAGAAACCAGCGGUGUCCCCUGAACCUGAGAAGCCUGCCCCAGCAGUAUCCCCUGAACCUGAGAAGCCUGCCCCAGCAGUGUCCCCUGAGCCCCAGAAGCCUGCCCCAGCAGUGUCCCCUGAGCCGCUCAGGCAUUCCCCAACCAUGUCUCCUGAGCCCCAGAACCCUGCCCCAGCAGUGUCCCCUGAACCCCAGAAGCCUGCCCCAGCAGUGUCCCCUGAGCCUCGAAGGCGUUCACCAGUGGUGUCCCCGGAGCCCCAGAAGCCUGCUCCAGCAGUGUCCCCUGAGCCUCGCAGGCGUUCCCCGGCGGUGUCCCCUGAACCCCGCAGACGUUCCCCGGCAGUGUCUCCAGAGCCCCGCAGGCAUAUAACUCAGACGCGGCGGCCUGCUCCUGCUUUGUCUCCUGAGCCCCGCAGGCCUGCUUCUGCAAUUUCCCCAGAAUCGUGGAGGCCUGCUCCCUCUGCUUCUCCUGAGCCCUGGAGGCCUGCCGCUGCUAUUUCUCAUGAGCUACAGAAAUCUCCCACCUCUGUCUCUCCUUGGCCCCCAAAACCUGCCCCGGUGGUCUCCCCCGAGCCGCGGAGGCCUGCCCCGGUGGUCUCCCCCGAGCCGCGGAGACCUGCCCCAGUGGUCUCCCCCGAGCCGCGGAGGCCUGCUCCUGACCCUUGGAAAUCUGCAUCCUUCUCUGAACCCCAGAAAUCUAAUCUUGUUUCGUCUGAGCCAUGGAAACCCAUCUCCUCUGUAUACCCUGAAGGCUGGAAACCUGUUCUUUCUCCUGAUACUUGGAUGUCUGCUCCCCCUGUUUCACCUGAACUCCGAAAACCUAGUCACACUGUUUCCUCUGAAGUUUGGAAAUCUCCUUUGUUUUCUGAUCUUCGUAAACCUGCUCCCUCAAUGUCUCCUGAGUCUUGGAAACUUACUUCAGAGUCCCGGAAGUCAACCUUCUUCUCUGAGACUCAGAAGUCUGCCCCGACCAUUUCCCCUGAGGGACAGAAACGGGCCCUCUUCCCUGAGUCCCGGAAAAGAGCCCUCUUCUCUGAGCCACGAAAAUCUGCACCUGCUGCUUUGUCUGAGGUCCAGAAACGUGCUUUCUUCUCUGAGCCUCAGGUGUCUGCUUCUACUGUUUCCCCUGAAGUCCAGAAACAUAUCGUCUUUACUGAGUCCCAGAAACCUGUUCCUUUCUCUCCUGAAGUCCAGAAACAGGCCUUCUUCCCAGAGCCCCAGAAACUUGCAGCUGUUUCUCCUGAAAUCCAGGAACAUACUUGCUUCCCAGAGUCUCAGAAAGCUUCUCCUGCUGCCUCCCCUGAGAUCCAGAAACCUGUCCUCUUCACUGAGUCCCAGAAACCUGCUCCUGCUGUUUCUCCUGAGGCGCAGAAACAUACCCUCUUCACUGAGUCACAGAAACCUGCUCCUGUUGUUUCUCCUGAGUCACAAAAACAAGCCUUUACUGAGCCACAGAAAUGUGGUGUUUCCCCUGAUGUCCAGAAGCAUGCUCUGUUUUCUGAGACCCAGAAACCUGCUCCUGCUGUUCCCUCUGAUUUGCAGAAACAUGCUCUUCCUACUGAUCCCCACAAAUCUGCUCCUUCUGUUUCCUCUGAGGUCCAGAAAAAUGUUCUUUUUCCUGAGUGUCUCAAACCUGCUUCAGUUGUUUCUGCUGAGCCCCAGACACCUAUUGAGUCCGAUGAGAGUGAUAUCCUAGCUCAGAGUUUAGAAGACCAAAAAACACUGGAUGAUCUAUUGUCUCAGGAAGAGCAGUCAAUCUUAGUGAAGGAGCCUUUAGAAGAUAUGUUGUAUUCAUGCCCUCCAAAGAAGCCUAAGAAGGAAAACCAGGAGACCUCCGAUAGUGAAGUAAAUAACAGUGAAUGUGGAAAAACGGAGAUGGAUUCUGUCGAGGUAAAGGAACAAGAAUCAAAUAGUGAUCAAGAACAGUUUGAUAUGGAAUCAUCCGAUUACAACAAAGAGAGCAAAAUAGAUGCAACUACUCCCAUUCAGCCACAGUGUGUACUGCAGUUUACAGAAGAGAAAGAGGCUUUCAUCUCAGAAGAAGAGAUUGCAAAAUACAUGAAGCGCGGAAAGGGAAAGUAUUAUUGCAAAAUUUGUUGCUGUCGUGCAAUGAAAAAAGGUGCUGUUUUGCAUCAUUUAGUUAACAAGCAUAAUGUUCAAAGCCCCUACAAAUGUAAAAUAUGUGGAAAGGCUUUUCUUUUGGAGUCCCUUCUUAAAAACCACGUUGCUGCUCAUGGUCAAAGUUUGCUUAAAUGUCCACGCUGUAAUUUUGAAUCAAAUUUUCCCAGAGGCUUUAAGAAACAUUUAACCCAUUGCCAAAGCCGUCAUAGUGAAGAUACAAAUAAAAAGCAAUUGGACAGCCUUGAACCACUUGAACAAAUGUGAUUUUUUUUCUUAUACUCAAUGAGUUAAGUUUACUAAAAUAUGUAAGUAUUGCUGUACGUUAGCUAAGUAGUUUAGCUGUUCUGACAAGUCAAAAAUGCAUGGUUUAUUGUACUGUUUAACUUGUCUUAUAGCUGUAUUAUUGAAAGGAUUUAUUAUGCAAAAGUUGUUCUAAAUACACGUUCAUGUCCCUGUUUAUUCAUCAAUAAAUUCAUACUUUAUUCGUCAGAGAUGCUAUAUUUCUGAAACCAAAACAGGGAUGAAAACUAGUUUUGUAAAGAUUGUUGUAAAACAUGCAGUUAAUAAGGUAGAGGUGUGUGUGGCAAAGAACCCAAAUCAUAUUACUGUGAAGACUGAACUCAGUUUUUCACAUCUCUCAAAUGUCUCAUUUUUUAAAAUGUGAAGCAAAGCCUCAAAAUUAGUAGCCCAUGAAACUGAAAGUGAUUGAUCAGGUGUGAAAGAAUCAUGUUUGUUUUCUGGAAUAAUUAUUCCAUGAGCUUGUGAUUGAGUAUGUAGCAUUUGUUGGAAAUUCACUGCUCUCACCUCUUUGAAUUAUUUGUCUGACUAUAAAAAUGUCAAGGUACUUAUUUUGUGACGUAUUUUGACUAUAUGUUUUAAGCAUGUGCUAAUAUACAUUAAAUUGAUAGAAUAAUCUCAGAUUUACUAUAUAUAUGUAUAUAUACAGCAAUCAGAAUUUUCUCUUGUUGGCGCCGAUGUUUUGGUUUGGUAUGCCAGAGAAAACUGAAUUUCUUGUAUCUGGUAAAAUGUUAUGCUUCAAUCUUUUAAUAAAAGGCUAACUUGAA